GAUUUCUUCAACAGUGAAAAACAGACGCCUUCGUUCGUACAAUGCGAAUAUCUCUACGCUCUACAUUCGAGUGCGGGCACUGACUCAAACCGCACGAUAUUAGGCUCGUAAGGGCUAGAACCGAGAACCGCGACUGCAAUUAAAAAACAAACUUUUAAAUUUAAUAUUCGAAUCGUUUAUAAAUUGCGCGCGAAUUUUUAUUCGCGCUUUUUAUUUUUUUAAUUUUUGAUUGUGAGUGUGUUAUUUCAAUAUGACGAUUUACAGCAAAAUUGUUCAAAUAAUUUUGGUUAGUGUUUAGCGAUGAAGCCCUGAAUAUCGGAAAAUCUCAGGGGUAAUGGCCGAGGCGGCGGAAGCAGGCGCCGGUUUGGCAUGGCGGUUACUGGCAACACUGGAGGUCGGCUCCAUACUGGUGGCCACCUCCGCGCUCAUAGCCUACACUGCCAGAGCCAAUCUCACCAGGGAACGACGGCACAAAACUGCUAACAGCUUCCUGGUUACAAACUCUACAAAUGCAUUAGGUAAGGAGCUAAAAAAAAGACUUGAAACUGAGGGCUGCACCGUGCACACUGACACGAGCGGCGCGUCGAGCGGAGCGGUAGCGGAUAAGGUUGACUGCUUAGUGGUGAUAGGAGCGGAGUCGGAAGCGGGGUUAGAUGGCGUCUCGAGACUGGUAUCUGAGGACGUUUAUGAGAAUUUAAAUUUAUUGGAAUCACUGGCAGCGCAUGUGAAGCCAGGUGGGUCCAUUGCAUGGGCGUGCGCGGGAGCGAAGAGCGGAGCGUAUGGGAAUGCGGUCACAGCCUUCGACGCCGUCAUCCAGGCCAGCUUGCUGCACGUAGCAAAAAAAACAAAUUGCGAGCCAGUCUGGGUGGGCCGGUGUGAGAGCGUAGACCGAGCCGUCGAUCGACUGUUGGCAGCGCUCUUGCCUUGUACCACACGUCACGAAAAUGGAUUUUCAUUUAGAAAUGCUGCAAACAAAGUGAGCGAAUUCCUGACCCGAUGGUUGAAAAUGGCGACGUGAAUGCAUAGCCAAAAAGAAGGAAAUGAUCAUACAGAACUUUAGUACAGCUUGUGUUUCACACUAUUUGGUUCUAUGAAAUUGAAGCCUUCGUUAGUGAUAAUUCCUACUUUCUCUUCUUACUUGAUCUAUCUAUAGGAAUUUAUAUGAAACACUAAACAAAGCCCGAGAGCGCGUCGCGCGGCUGUUUUGUUUAGUGCUCCAUUUAAAUUCAUAUUAGGCAGAGGGUCGUGCGACCCUGUCGCGAUCAAAGAUCGGAAUGCUACCUUAUGAUGACCUGUAUGUUUAAAGGUUCCCAUAGAUUACAUGUUUCAAAUACUAAGGGUUACUGAGAAUUUACUGAGGGUUGUGAAACUUGUAACGGUAUCGGCAUAUCUCUUUUUAGGAUUCUAUUGGCCGACUACUCUUAAAAUCAUGUGAUUUAUCAGUAAGUCAUAUAAGUUAGUCCACUGAUUCGUAUCGUACGGAUCGCUCGAAUCUAUUUUAAAAUUAAAAAUCCGUUUAAGGCGAUGCGUCCGAUACGUACGAUGCCGAUUAGUGGACAUCCAUAAAGUCAAGUGUCCACUUAUUGCCUCGAUAUUGAAUGUUAGAUUAAAUGUGCAAUAUUUUCUGCCGACUACUGAACGUAGGUAUAACUUUAGAAUGAUAAGAAAUUGGCAUACGUUUUAAUACACUUAAAUUAAACAAAUAAAUGAUAUUUUUAAUAAGUAA